AUGCUACAACUGUUGGGGCGAGGGCCACCACGCUGCGAGCUGCCCACUCCCCCGCUCCUCGGCUGUUGGGGUGAAGCGUGGCCGCUCCCGCGGCGGUCUGGGGACGCUCGCCGGGUCGCGCCGCGACGCCCGGAUGGUGCGCGCCAUCGGCCCAACUCGGCGGACACCGUCUCCGGGGGUUCGUUGUCAGCAGGGCGGUCCACGUCGGUGCCUUACUGCUGUCGGCAUCCAUCGCCACCGGCUGCGCCGUCGCCACCCCCACCACCUCCGCCACCUGUCUUCCAGCCCGCCGCCGGCACCAGCUCGGAGUUUGACAGGGGCUCCAGAAACCUUGCCGACCCUGCUAUUCGGGACCCGCGCGUGCCCACGGUGGUUAUCCCGCGUUCCACGGAGAUCCAGGCGGCCGAGGAUGCGCUUGAGCUGGCCCUGGUGGGCCUGGUGGGGGGCACCAGGCUGGUGGUUUCUACGGCCACAGUCUACAGCUUCCUCUACUCUCAGUUUGAGCUUACGAUGAACGAUGUGGAGUUGCGGCGGCACCACCCCGAAGAUUUCAUCACACAUUUCCGCCGGCGUGCGGACCAUGACCGUGUCCUUGCUUCGCGGCCGGGUGGAUACCUUCUGCCCCUCACCUGGAGACCUUGGCAACGAACUUCACUGGCCACUGCAGAAAGCUUCAAUUUUCAGGCAUGGUGCAAACAUCCGGAUCUCAUCGAAGACGAGCAGACCAUCUCAAUUCCGGAGCCUGUUUUGCCUGUUGCAGCUAUGGGCAAUCCUGCCCCGCCACGCCUCUUGCAGUACCAGGUGGGCGAGUUCAGAUGCCCCUGUGCGCCGGAGGUCGUUGCUCGGCACACUGAUGUUGAUGGCACGCGCAAGGAGUCUGUGGAGGCUCCCGAGCGUUGGGAGAUGAUGUCUGCACCGCGUACUCCUUGGACGCGGGCAUCAAAUUUUACGACGGUCAACACUCCAUCACCGUGGAUUGAUAGGCAGCUGGGCUCCCCUACCACCGGCGUCGUGGCGCGGUUCCUGAACGUCGCGCCACUGCUCCUCCACGCGGGAGGGGGCCACUUCCGGGUCGACCUCGAACUCGGUGGACUGGUGGGCGACCUGAUUGAGGCUGAACUUGUCUCCACCACAUAUGUUGCGGCCAGCCCAGUUGUUGAUGGGGCUGGACUUCAUGAGGAGGAUGAGAGCGCUGUGGAGGAACCUGUUUCUGUAGUGGAUGCGGCCAAUGAUGCGGCCACUGUCAUGGAUGCGGCAGCCGCUACACAGGCUGCGCUGGAGGCAGAGGUGUGCGUCCCCAUGCACACGCCCCUGAUCCGCGCGGGACCUAGGCCUCGGCGGGCGCGAACGCCGGUCUCCAUCCCAUCGCUGCGACGGAGUGGCAGGAUCGCAGCAAGGCCAAGGGCACCAAAUGCAACGGUGCAGGCGCAGCUGCUGCUCCUUAAGAAGCUGGGAGUCGCUGUGGCGGAGGGUGAGCAUGCCUCUGAGGUUGAGAAGAAGAUCAAGCUGGCAUUCAGGGGAGAUAUGUCGACCAGGAAAAGGGAGGCACUACAACUCUUCCUUGAAAAAUGGAAUUGA